AUAUCAAUUCACCAUAGUUGCUAGGUCAGCCGCUUGCGGUGUAACCUAAGCGGGCGAGGGAAUUCUCCGAGGGGGCAAUGAUGAGAGGGCAAAGCGUGCAAGCUGCGAAGGAGAGCAGGCCUCGUGCUGCUGCUGCUGCUGCUGCCUGGCUGGCUGGCAGACUGCCGCGGCUCUUACUCAGACGCCGGCUCGGGCGCGGUGCUGCUGCUGCUGCCGCCGCCUGCAGCCCCGCAGCCAGCUCUGCUCCAGCGGCUCCGUAAGGCGAGCCAAUGAUCGCUGUCGUGCCGACGCCGGGGAAGGCCUGGGAAGGAAGUGCUGCUGGGGAAGCGAUGCGGCUUCGCUGGGUUUGGCAGGCAUGAACCGCUUUGGGGAUCUCACCAUGUCCUUCAAGGUAAGCUUUUCCCCAGCCGCGCUGCUGUUCGGCUUCUUCAUCGUCUUCCAAGCGCUCCUGCGGCUGUGACCCGUUAUCACUGCAGAUGCCAUGGCAGGCCUGCCUCUGGCUUUGCGGGGCAAGCUGGGCUCCUCUCUUUUCUCCUAAGCGCCAAUGCAGCUGGCGGGAACCAGGUGGCUGGCUAAAGCAAUGUUUGCUUUUUAUUAAACGGCGAUCGGGGUGGGAGAGUGUUGAAAGGUUAAGCAUGUGGAGUGUGGGCGAGGCAUUCAUUUUCAGGCUCGGUUUGAGACUGAGCUGCGGUCUCUGUGUGUGUGUUUUAAACUGAGCGGUGCCAAGAAGUGGUGCCGUCCACUUCAGGAUGAAGCCUUUCACCCACUGAUCCCAGAUGUGCGAAAGCUGGCCAUGUUGAGGGGAAAGCUCUCUGUCCAUGCACAAAAGCACUCCUCUUUUCUCCUAACUAUUGCACGUGCAGUGUGGCAGAUGAGACCUAGCAUCAGAAACAUGCCCUGUGUGGAGCAGUGUUGGAGGAGGAGACGUUUUCUGCACAACGCAGACAUCACAUGUUCGAGGGUGCUGUAUAGAGAAAAGAGUUUGCGCUGAAUUAUUUGUGUAUUUAUUAUUAAUAUUCCUGAUUUUUUUUACCUCAGAAGUAAUUCAGGAAGUCUCAAGGCAGCUCACAGCAAAACCAACACAGACUGAAAAAAUAAUAGUUUUAACACAGCAAUUAAAGUAAUGAACUGUGGAUUAUAAUAAUUUCAGUUUGUGUGCAGCCAAGCACCUGCUGAAACAAGUUGGCUUCUGCCAUUGGCCAGAAUGCAAGGAACAAGGAGCCAAGCUGGCCUCCCUCCACAGAGCAUUGCAUAUUUUACAUGCCACAACCAAUAAGGCCCUCUCUCUUGUACCUUUAUGUCUGCCCACCCCCACUUUUGCUCACUAUUAUAUUAUAUGAAAUUUGAGGCUGUGUUAUGCAAGAGGGGUGCUGUCAAACUUCCUGCCCCCAGUCAUAUAUUGAAAAAACAAGUUGAAAGUGUUGCACUGCAUAGCCUUGCCCCAUGCUGUCGACAUGUGCACUGGCUAUAGGAUUCCCUAUCUGAGUGAGAUCCCUGGUACAUUUCCACCAAUAGUUUCUUCACUGGCUGGCAGUGGCUCUCCCGUGUCUCAGGCAGGGAUCUGUCCCGUUCCUUGUUACUUGAUCCUUUUAGCUGGAAAUUCUGAGUAAUAGUUCUGAAAAAUGAAGGUGAUGCUUGUCAGUUGUUCUUACUUGGUUAUGCUGUUUAGUCAGAGAGAGCGUGUUAUCAUACUAGGGUGGUAAUAAAUUAAGAUAGGCCGGACUUCAAGGAUUGCAAUAAGAAGUCUAAAUCCACAUAAUUCACCCAAGUACAUAAAAGAGAGGAGGAUUAUAACUCAUCAGAAAACAGGUGACAAUUGAUAAACAGAAAUGUUCACCUGAAAGUGUGCUCAUUGGUCUCUAUAUUAUGCAGUUCAUGUACAGUGGUACCUCGAGUUACAUACACUUCAGGUUACAGACUCCGCUAACUCAGAAAUAUUACCUCGGGUUAAGAACUUUGCUUCAGGAUGAGAACAGAAAUUGUGCUCUGGUAGCGCGGCAGCAGCAGGAGGCCCUAUUAGCUAAAGUGGUACUUCAGGUUAAAAACAGUUUCAGGUUAAGAAUGGACCUCCAGAACGAAUUAAGUACUUAACCUGAGGUACCACUGUAUUCUUGUUUCUUUAAACAGAUACUUUCAAGUUUGAUGCUGUUUACAAAUAUUUAAUAUUUCUCUUCAACCUGCAUCUUAUUGCAGAACAUUUUGUUCAUUUGUAUGAUUGUGUGUUUUUAUGAGCGCUUAUUAUUGGAGUGCUGGAAAGCUAAAGUGCACAAGCUUCCAAAGAAGAAGAAAAAACAAGCACAAUGACAGAAAGAUACAAAGCUUUUUGUAGGGAAUGACGUAGUAGUUUGAAUUCAGAGAAAAUAAGCUUUUCCAGAGACAGAGUAGUUGGAUUUUCCUCAGGAAAUGGGCAACAUCUCAACAAUCCCCUAAAAACAACAAUUAUGUCAUCUGGAGAGGAUCUAUCUUUUCCUUAUGCCCUUUGUUAAGCUUUUACCCAGAUAAUUUUAUUAUUUUUGGUUGGUUGGUUGAUUAAAAUCGACAUAAAUUUGUAUAGGAGUAAAACAAUAGAACCCACCCACCCCCGGUCUCUGUUUUUGGAAAAGAUGCACAUGUGUCACAUCCAGCUCCAUUUUAGAAGAAGCAUUCCCUCCUGUGUAGAAGAAAAAGAGGGUUUCCUCUUCUAAGGUGACAACUGCCAUGUAUUGUAAUUGUAAUCUUUAAAACAUCUAAUCUGUUUUGUGAUUCACAAGCAACAACUUUUUAAUUGAUUAAAACAUUUUAAAUGAGUCACUGCACUGAAUAUCUGAAUAUUUAAAACCUAGCCCUUUGGAAUUCAUGGCCAUGGUCUUGAGGCACACAGGGUGCGGUGGAAUUGCAUUGUUCCUUCUCUAUGUUGCCACAUGGCUAACUUUGACUCUGCCUCAUUUUAGCCAUUCCACCAGCAUGACAAUGUAGCUUGUGUUCCUCUAGCAUACCAGGGUGUUGGUUCUGCAAGAUUUUAUGCCCCCUUAGCUGCUGUAUGAAGGACACAGGUUGUGCUGUGGUCUAAACCACAGAGCCUAGGGCUUGCUGAUCAGAAGGUCGGCGGUUCGAAUCCCCGCGACGGGGUGAGCUCCCGUUGCUCGGUCACAGCUCCUGCCCACCUAGCAGUUUGAAAGCACUUCAAAGUGCAAGUAGAUAAAUAGGUACCGUUCUGGCAGGAAGGUAAACGGCGUUUCCGUACGCGGCUCUGGUUCGCCAGAAGCAGCUUAGUCAUGCUGGCCACAUGACCCAGAAGCUGUACGCCAGCUCCCUCGGCCAAUAAAGCGAGAUGAGCGCCGCAACCCCAGAGUCAUUCGCGACUGGACCUAACAGUCAGGGGUACCUUUACCUUUAGCUGCUGUAUAUUGAAUAUAGGGCUUUGCCCUAAAAACUAUUCUUGUGUGCUUGUUUCACAAUGGGCUGAUCCCUUUCUGUUCUGAUGCAUAUCUUAUCCACCCUUUUGUGACCAAGGGUGUUACAGGUGAGCCAAGUUGGUGUGCUAUGUGUGGUCUUUCUAGAGCAGAGCUUUCCAAACUUUUCAUGUUGGUGACACACUUUUUAGACAUGCAUAAUUUCGCGACACAGCAAUUCAGUUUUGCAUGAUUUCGCAACACAGUGAUUCAGUUUUAUUAUCAAACUAGAGGUUAUACUAACCCCUUUCCAGGUCCAGGAGGAGCCUGGGGAGCGUUCGCGUGACACACCUACACACUGCAGCCGAUACACUAACGUGUCACGACACACAGUUUGGAAAGCUAUGUUCUAGAGCAUAAAAUAUGCUUGCAUUAGUGUGUAGGCCCAAUACCCACAAGGUACGAAGGUGUUCUUCAAGAGUCAAAUGGGUGGAGAGCAGCUUUCCUUUGCGGAACAGCUGUGCUUCUGUUAACCACUUAAGAAAACAAAGCAGAGAACAUGCACUGUUAAAAGCAAAGGGCCCUUGCCAGGAAAGAAGAAAAAAGAUCCCUAGUAGCAAGACUUCACAGAUAUCCCCACGUUUGUCCAGAAUAAUCUGAUUUUUGUUGCAUUUUGGUUUUGUUAACAGAAGGAGACACCACUUGCAAAUGCUGCGUUUUGGGCUGCAAGGAAAGGAAACUUGGCACUUCUCCAGCUGCUAUUGAACAGUGGGCGUGUGGAUGUGGACUGCAAAGACAGUGUAAGGACUUUGUGCAUGACAGGAACAGAUGAUUUGCAUCUGUUUGCAUAAUCUGGUCUAGCGGGAGAGUGGGGAAACUUGACAUGAAUGCAUUAUUUUCUUCAUAUUGAGUGUCCUCAAAAGCAGGAGUCAAACAACACGUUACAUGGCAGUUACAUGACUGGGACUCCCCUUGCACUUUUAUUUUUCUUAAAAAGCAGUUUGCACACCUUCCAACAGUUUGCAAACCCUCCAACAUAUUUCAGCAGAAAAUCGAGACUCGCUGAUCUGGAGUGCUGGGAUUCAUUUUGCACAGAAGCCAUAAACCCUAACAUCCUCUUGUGCUCAAAGUAUGGGAACUUUCAAUAGUUACUCAGCAGGGAUCACAAAGCAUUUUGCGUGUGCCAAAAGGUCUUCCCUUCUCUAUUGAGCAGGUGCAGAGAAAUUAUCUACAGCCUUCAGGUUUGCAUGGCUUUCUAUCCUAUUUUUAAGAUAAUGAGUUUGUAUUUCUUUAUGCCCAGCUUGGUUCAACAACGCUUAUGGUAGCAUCAUACUAUGGUCACAAAGAAUGCGUGCGAGAAUUGGUGCUGCAAGGAGCUGAUAUCAACCUUCAGAGAGAGGUACGAUAGAAUUCUUAAUUUUAAAAGGGAUUGCAAGAAAGACUGGGCCAAAAUGCAAGAUUCAAGACCUAUUUUAUUGUGAGAACUUGUGGCUGUCCGCAAUGAGUGACAUAUAUGCGGUCAGCAAGUUUGGGUCCUGGUUAGUAGAUACAGCUAAGGGCCCCCAAAGAUGAGCAAUAGGAUGUCACAAUGCCCUAGUUAGUACGAUUAGUUCCUGAUGUAAUAAGCCAGGAUAUGCAUGAGCGUUGUGUACUUGUAUACAGUCCCUAUGCAAAAAACCCCCACAAAAAACAAGUCAGGAAGCUCAAAUUAACCAUAGAUUUCCAUUUCAUAUAAGCCAGGAACAACAUUGAUGGCUUCUAAAGAAGAGGAUUAGGAAGUCAACUUUCAUUUAAUUUAAAGUUGGCUUUUGAAUCCUGGCUUGUUUAGAAUCCACCUUAAGACCCCAGUUUGCACUUAACAGGAAACUCGGAUUAACUGCAGCUUCCUGGUUUAUUUCUUCGCUUGUGGGGAGCUAGCAAGAGCAAAGGGGGUAGCUGGAGGUGCAUGAAGGUCAUACAUAACCUAGCCAAUUAAGCCGGGAUUAAAUUGUGUAAACACAGCCAGUAUCUUUGACUGAUGACAGAACACAGAAAUGAGUCAGAAUAGUGGAGUUGAUAUUUUGAAUUUCCUUGGUUACUUGCAACCAGGAUAUCAAUCUCUUGCUGUAGGGAUGUCAGCCUCUUAUCUGGCUUCUGUACAAGCAGGAGACAUCAUUUGCCAUUAAACAGCAAGCAGUGUAGUUCAACUCAGACUUGGCCUGACAAUUGGAGGUUGCUAUUCUCCCAGGAUGGUGCUUCUAAUUCCCCUCCAUCAUUAUAGCAUUUUAAUCAACUUCUUUCCUAACAGCCUUUUAAGUGCCUUUCUCAAAAGGACUACAGGAUAUAGUGACAACCACAUCCUCAUUUUAACAUAUCCUGUUUGUAUGCACAGCUUUUAAUUGCAGCUCUCACUGUUGCUUUUUAAACUCAGAGAGAAAGUUAAUCACCAGUGAAAUUUGCCACCUUUUCCAUGGUAGGGUUCCUCUGUUUUGCAUAGCUGUUUGACAGGCAGAAAUGCAACAGGUGGAGAUUUCCUUAUCAAGGCAUCUCAACACUGGGAAAGGCUUCACACAUUAAAUUUUUAUCUGUCAUGCAGAUAUUAAAUGCACAGAUACCUUAUGAGAAGAAGGAAUAGCAAGCUUGAUUUGGUGAUAUAAGAAUUCCCUCCAGUAGCAAAUAAUUGGUCUGUCUAGGCCUGCAUUAGAAUUAUUCAAAAACUUAGCAUCUUGAUAGUGCAGCAGGAGCCUGGAGUCAUUUUUUCCUGAUAACAGAAAACAGGUAUAUGUCUAAAGAAUGACACAAUUCUCAUCUAUUUACAAAAUAUGUGUGUAUACCUGUCUUGGUUACCUAAAAUUAGGAUAGUGGUCCCUUUGAUGACAUCUGCAAAUUGCAACAUUACCAGAUCUACUGGUGGAUAAUAGGAGUUUUCCUAGAUGAAUUUAAAGAUGGUUAGAAUUGCUUUAGAAGUUGCUGGUAUGAGGCUUUCAUCCAACAAAGCCCUUAAUGUAUGUGAGCAGCUCCAUUAUCUCAGUGUACUUAAGCAUCUGAUAAAGAGACCUAGGAAAAUAAAGCUAGCUGUCCACUUGACCUAACUCUGAGGAUCUUGUUUGAAGUGUUCCUUCAACAAGGGGAAGGCAUAGCAACAGAUCUCGCUAAACUUAUUUUAAUGUAUCCCAUUUGAUGUACAGAUGACCGGUUUGCCAUAUGGUUGCAUGCAUGCUUUUGUAGCUAACCACUUGGUAAACGGUUUAAUGUAUUUGUUCCUAGAGCCAGUGUGGUGUAGUGGUUAAGAGUGGUGGACUCGUAAUCUGGUUAACCAGGUUCGCUUCCCCGCUCCUCCACAUGCAGCUGCUGGGUGACUUUGGGCCAGUCACACUCCUCUGAAGUCUCUCAGCCUCACUUACCUCACAGAGUGUUUGUUGUGGGGGAGGAAGGGAAAGAAGAUUGUUAGCCACUUUGAGACUCCUUAGGGUAGUGAUAAAGCGGGAUAUCAAAUCCAUACUCUUCUAGAUAACUUGUGAUUGUGGUUUAAAACAAAUUCUGGAAUGGUUAUAAUACAACAUCAAAUCAUGGGUUAUGAAAUUGGCUUCAGAAGCUCUCCCCACUGAGAUGCAGGAGGAGAAAAAGGGGGGGGGGAGUGUGCAACCCAAGUCAUGUGCACAUAGCACUAACUAAACCAUGGUUUAACAUUAUGUGUAUACUAGGCCGCUGCUUUCCUUUCCCCUCACAGCUGUGUUACAGAAAUUUAACAGGUUGUUUUCUCAGUUGUUCUAUCCCUAAGCUAUGAAAAGUAGUAUUUGAAUUUUGGCUUUGUUACUCAUUUUGAAAGUUUUUUUUUUUUUUAAAGUGUUGGCUGGGAGUGAUGGGAGUUGUAGUCCCAACACAACUGGAAUGCACAAUGGUUGGUGAAGGCUGUCCUGGAAUCUUCCAGAAUAGAAUCAUGUGGGAAUGUUUUAACUGACGAGCAGCUGCUGCUAGAUAUGAGAAUUUGGAUUUGCACAUUUCAAGCAUUACCAACUUUAAAAUAAGGUUUUAAAAGACAUUGUUAUGUCGAUUAAAUGAAAUGUACUUACAUACCUAAUCCAUGGGCUUUAUGUUUCUCUUUUUCAGUCUGGUGCCACUGCCCUGUUCUUUGCUGCACAACAAGGUCACAACGAUAUCGUGAAGUUUCUCUUUGAGUAUGGAGCCUCCACAGAAUUUAAAACCAAAGUAAGAGAUUGUGCUUGGCUUUAACACGAUGAUGAAUUUUGGCAGGCAGGGAUUUGGCAUGGAGAGCAAGCGAGAGGCCCAUGAUAUAAUUUUGCUUCUUGCCACACAGUUCUCUGGCAGGACAUACGUUCGGCUCAGGCUUUUACUGCUCCAUUUUCAUUGUAUAAGUGCUGCUCCAUUUCCUAAUAAUUUUUACUCUUUCCGUUGCAAAAGGGCAGAACCAGAGCUGACCAGAUUGGUUGUCUCUUUUAUGCUACCCAGUGGUGUGAAGUCAAGAAGCAAUAUCUAAAAUGGGAAAAAAGAAAGACAGAAAGAGGCCACUCUGCUUGGAAGUCAAGUUGUAUGGAAUUUACAGCUGCAGGCACUCAGGCAGCUGGAUUUUCUUGAAAAGAUGCUGUCAUUUCAUGUUUAACAUGACAGGAGUAGCUACUGUAUACCUGCCAAGAUAAGACUAAAUAACUCAUGUGCUUUAGGCUGUCAGAUGACCGUGGCCUGAAUUGUGAAAGAACUGACUCCUUUCUGUAGUCAAUGCCACCUGCACAACUGCUUUAGGCAAAAUCUGUUUCUUUGUGCUAGCAUGAAAUCACCUAUGGCUCAUGCAAAAUGCACUCGUCUCACCUUCACCUUUUCUACUCUUGCGCUAUAUUCUUCAUGUUAGGGAAGAGUUGAAUGUAGGGCAAUUUUCCCAUCAACUUUUGCUGUUGGCCACCUGUUAAAACAAUUUCUCACUGAAUUUAACUGAACGGAAGCAAACAAAGCACGGAAGUGCACAGAUUUGAAAGAGAUCUUAGAGUGCUAAGGAAGGACAGAUCCACAGAACUGAAGCACCAGUUCCUGUCCUUAGUUUUAUGGGACUUAAGAGUCUGUGGCUGCUUUAGUCUCGGAAACAAGGGUGGUAUCCAAUUAAGCUUUACGUAGAGUAGACUCAUUAAAAUUAAUGGACCUAACUUAGUCAUGUCUGUUGAUUUCAAUGGUUCUCCUCGGAGUAAAACUUAGCUGCAUAUUACCAAAUGACAGUAUUCCAACCUAGUGCACAAAUCCGUGAUGACCUUGUUUUGUUACAUUUAUUUACUUCUGGAGUUCUUUCACCCUCACCAAAACCUUGUUUUUUAUUUAUUUCAUACAUGUAGGCAACCAAAGCUGAGGCACUGGCCCAGCUUGAACAUCACACAAUAAUUUAGCAUGAUGAGAAUGAGCCUAGCUAAGCCUUUGGCUCUGCUGCGGUGCAAGGAGGAGUUUGGAAGCUUUUUCUUCAUCCCCGCCCCCUUUAUUAACCACAGCUUGUUGUGUCAUCCGAACCUCUCAAAUUGUGGAUGAUCAUAAUUAUGAAGCUGGCUUGUUUCAGCAAACUAGUUAAGGUUAGCCACGGUUUAGAGUCCAGAUCAUGUAAAAGCAGGAAAUUUAUCGAACUCUGCACAGAGGAAAUGCACGAGUUCCUCCUUGCAAACGUUUUCCCUGGAAGAUCAAAAGCAAGAGAGAUGAGAAUUGUGCGUAUUUCUAUUCAGAACUUAAUGUAAUAUGAAAAUCUAUAAUAAGUCAGCCAGUGCCAGUGAGAGAGAGGGAGAGAGUGAAAGGGAGCACUCUCUCACAUUAAGGCACGCACAGUAUUUUUGCUAUUUACGUACCGCUUAAUUAUCCAAGGUCUUAAGUGGUGUACAUAAGGUAAGUGGUGUACAUAAGGAUGUAGCCUUCUGCAUUCAUGUGGCUGGGUAGGUAGUCAGGAGAGAUUGGCUUUUGCUUUCCUUCCAGGUUGCACAGUAACACGGCAGUGGCAAUAUUCCGAAGUAGUGUUAUUGGGAUGUGCAUGUGGCGGCGGGGGGAGGACUGUAGCAGGGAACCAGAAAAAUUAGAGAGCAUGCACAGCUCUUUAUAGCACAUUGCACUGCAUGUUGGUUUGUUAAAAAAAAGAAAGAAAGCAUUUUGCAAUAGCUGGAACCCAUUGUCAUUACUGCCAUGAAAUGCACAGCAUCAGCAGUAUGAUUUCUGCCUUGGCUUUUCUGGUUUGAAAAGAUCUCGCAUGUGUAACGCCAGCAUUAUGCAAAAGUCUCUGCUUUAAUUUGCUGAUGUGCAAUUGUGCCAGGAUGGUUUUCAUUUCUCGGAAUUUCCAGCGUAUUUGCCAGAGACAGCGGUGCAGCCUCAGCUUCUAAUUCCCUACAGAUGUAGCCAAAAUUGUUCCAGAGUUAACAUAAACAACGCCAUCCAGUACAAAAAAAUGAUGAGGAAUGUGAAACACCUUCCCUAGGAAGCAGUGCUUGUCAUUACUUUUUAGAUGAGGAGGAAUAGAGAAAUGUCUUAAGUGUAGGAAUGAGCAUUCAUCCUGAUUUGCCUGCAGGGUGUUUUAUACGUUUUCCAGUUAAUCGUUUGUUCAUUUCACACUUUUCAGUGCUUGUCUCUACCACCUUCCUGUCCAGAAAAUGGUCUGUUUCUUUUUUUAAAGUGGAUUUGUUACAGACCUCAGAACCUCUGUGGGAGCAAGUUGCUCACUGGCAGCUCUCCGUGGUGCUACAACUACCAGCCUUCACCUGUGGGAACUUGGUAGAAAUGGGUCAAAACAGCUCUUUCCAUUGCUGACAGACCAGCUGAACCGUUUCCAUCUCAGCCAACUCUAAGAGGGUUUUUACCUCCCCCCCCAUGCUUUUUUCCUUUUGUGUCAUGGAAUAUCCUCUUUGUAAAAUCCAUCUGCAAACCAUGCUUUGAGGCUUUGCAGCUGGGGAGCUGGAUAAAAAUGUGGUAAAUAAAUAACGCCCCCCUCCCACUGCUUACCUCUUUUACAUCUGCCCCGUCAGUAAUGUCACUUUUCCCUCAGCCAGGCUUCAAAAGCCCUGCUAAGAGAAAAAGUAAAAAAGGAAGGAGACUUCAUGGAAAUACACAACCAGAGAGCAGGACGGCUCACUUCAUCUGACCUGCUUUCUCUUUUAAUUGUGCCUCCCAGUUCCCAACUGCAUGAUAUGUGAAAGGGCAGGCCUUACUUCAAGAGACUGAUACAGUUUCGUUUUACAUGACAUCUCAUAAAAUUGUAGAGUUGGAAGGGACCCUGAGGAUCAUCUAGUCCAACUGCCUGCAAUGCAGGAAUAGGCCAGUACAGGGAUCAAAUCUGUGAUCUUGGCGUUAUCAGCACCACACUUUAACCAACUGAGCUAACAUGUUGGCAGGGGUGGGGGCUGACUUUUGGAACAAAAAAAUUGUUGGGAUCCAGUGCUAGUGAUUUUAUGGAUGUCUGUUGUAAUCAGUGCUUUUUUUCUAAAAAAAAUGUUUAGGGGUACUCUCAUUUUCCUACUCAUGCAGUAUUGAAAUACUGCCUCUCAAUGAGGCCAAACUUAGAUUCACAAAAUGUUUAGGGGCGUGUUUGUUAUUUAUACCCUGCCCUUCUGGCUGGAUUUCCUCAGCAACUGGGUGGCUUACAACAUAACUAAAACCAUAAUAAAAACAUCAGUCCUUAAAAACUUCUCUAAAUAGAGCUGCCUUCAGAUGUCUUCUAAAAGUCUGAUAGUUGUUUAUUUCCUUGACAUCUGAAGGGAGGGCUUUCCACAGGGAGGGUGUAGAUACCAAACUUCAUGAAUGACUGUAAUUAAGAAAUCAUAAUGUCAUAGCCAGUAUAACAGGGCCUGUGGCUUUGCAGCAAGACCAUUAAAGUCCAAGAAGAAGAAGAAAGCCAAGUUCAUGCUGGAGGAAAGAAGAAAAGUGCUUUCCUGUUUGAAGAGACCCUGGUUAUCAAAUCCUUGGAUGGGGAAUGUUGCUGGAAACUAUAAGUGACAGCUGUUUGAAGUAAUAUAGUGUGGACAAGUUAGCAGAAAAAGCCAUGUUCAGAAUUUCACGUUUUAGGUACAGUCGUACCCCUGGAUGCGAACGGAAUCCGUUCCGGAGCCCCGUUCGCAUCCUGAAGCAAACGCAACCCAUGUCUGUGCGUGUGCGGGUUGUGAUUCACCACUUCCGCACAUGCGCGUGACAUCAUUUUGAGCGUCUGUGCAUGCGCGAGUGACAAAACCCAGAAUUAACGCGUUCUGUUACUUCUGGGUCGCCGCGGAGCGCAACCUGAAAAUGCUCAACCCAAAGCUACUUCAACCCGAGGUAUGACUGUACAGUGGUACCUUGGGUUACAUACGCUUCUGGUUACAUACGCUUCAGGUUACAGACUCCGCUAACCCAGAAAUAUUACCUCGGAUUAACAACUUUGCUUCAGGAUGAGAACAGAAAUCGUUCUCCAGUGGCGCGGCGGCAGCGGGAGGACCCAUUAGCUAAAGUGGUGCUUCAGGUUAAGAACAGUUUCAGGUUAAGAACGGACCUCCGGAACGAAUUAAGUACUUAACCCGAGGUACCACUGUAUAUGGGAAUUAUGUGUUGUUCAGCGGUGGGGUUGAUAGCUACAUACAGGGACAGUUUCCAUUCAUUGUGAACUAAACAGGGUCGCUUCCAACUCUACAGUUCUAUGAGUAUUUGAAUAUUUAUUAAGCCCUCAACAAGAUACACGUAUUCCUCCCAAAGUUCUUGUUCCAAGGCCAGGGCUUAAAUCAGAGCCUUCCAAACUGUGUGUCGUGACACAUUAGUGUGUUGGCUGCAGUAUGUAGGUAUGUUUUGAGAACGUUCCCCACGCUCCUCCAGGGGAUGGAAAGGGGUUAGUUUAACCUCUGACUUGAUAGUAAAACUGAAUUACUGCGUCGCGAAAUGCUGCGAAAAUGAAUUACAGUGUCGUGAAAUUAAGCAUAUCUAAAAAGUGUGUCACCAACAUGAAAAGUUGGGAAAGCUCUGGUUUAAAUUCUGCCACCGCCAGCAGCUUCCCCUGGCAUUAUCUGCAGAACUUCCAUUUGAUUUCUUCAUUGCUAUUAUUGUUUUGAAAUGCAAGACGUAGGUGGUAUUCUACAGCCUUUGUCUUUUCCCCUUCACUUGUGCCUAUUUUGUGCUUUCUUUUUACCCCCCGACCCCCUUUCAGGAUGGAGGCACUGCUCUGUUAGCUGCGUGUCAGUACGGGCACAUGAGAGUGGUGGAAACAUUGCUGAAGCAUGGUGCCAAUGUUCAUGAUCAGCUUUAUGUGAGUUUACUUGAAGUUGGCCUUCAGCCAUUCUGACCCUCCCUUUCCCCUGGAAUGUUCAAGGUUUAAGGAAACCUUUCCGGGAUUCAUUUUUUCUGUUAAUGAGAAAGCAGAGUGCUCUGGAACUGGUGUUUCUGUGCUACUAUACGUGCUGGAAAGGAGUUGGUGGAAAAUUCAAAGCUUGCCCAGUAUGCCAGCUCCUCCUUACACUUUGAGCCAUUCUACACAUUACACAGAAUGAGAAGGCAAAAUUAUAAGCUGUACAUGUUUAAUAUUGCACAUGGAGAUUGGGAAUAAUGGAAACUGCCUUUUAUGAAGUUUCCCUGCAGAGAGUUCUCUUGUGCACCCAAGCCCAGGAGAGGGGCAGCUACUUCAAACAGCUCUUUUGAGAAGCACUUAAAGGCAGCCCUCCAUGCUGGAGCUGGAAUGUGGGGACUGCCUUUAAGCCCUGUUUGAAGCAUCUAACGUACUUCUCCUGCGAGUCAGUGGGUGGCAGCAGAGGAGAGGGUGGUGGAGAUUCUCCUUUCCCACCUGCUGUUGCUGCUGCCCACCAGGUCGUAGGAGAAGCAUGUGUGCUGCUUCAAAUAGCACUUUUGGAUAGGAUAUGAAAUAUGUAAUGCACUUUAAAGCAAUGAUUGAAAGGAAGUUGUUCUUAAAACCAAAAAUCUGAUCAGCUUCUGUUGCUCAGCAGCACUUGCAAAGGACUUCCACAAAAGGCAGACUUCAAAUGCACAUUUGCUGGAACCAUUACUCAGAAAGCACCAGGGGUUUAUUGUUUAAUCUUUAAAUUGAUUACAUGAAAGACUGGAAGCAGACUAAUUAAAGAGCAAGCUUGCUUUCUGCAUUCAUCAAUGCUGCAGAAAUGUAUCGGUAGUUAUGAAAAAGAUAAUUCAGUAUAUAAGCAGUCUUGCUAUGCUUGUGGGCUAAUGGAGGAAAGGAAGAGUUCAAUGGUUCUGUUAAGAAAUCUUUUUUUGCCAGCUUAAAAGCUAAUUAAAUAUGUUAUUUAAAAAAUUAAGGACGGAGCUACUUCCCUUUUCCUGGCUGCCCAAGGUGGUUACCUGGAUUUAAUUCGGCUAUUGCUGUCUUCUGGAGCAAAGGUCAACCAGCCAAGGCAGGUAAUGUUCAGCAUUGUUAAGACACAGACAAUGUUUGUUACCCUCCCUUAUUUAUUUUUAAGAUUGAUAUUGCCUAGAUUUUCCCCUUCAUCUGUUCAUGUGCUAAGACUAACCAACUGUGCCUUGGUGCUGACUACAUUCCAGUUAUUGGUGUGCCUUUGAUAUGGAAGUUAAUAUUUGAUCAAAUUUGGAUACAUGUGCUGCUGUUGGGUUUUCUAUACAGACUGCCGAGGUUGUAGUUUAACUUCCUCUAAUACUUGGCAUUUCUGGUUAUGCAUUCUUACUUAGAUUAUAGGUAUUUCCUAGAAUCUGUCCCAUGGAACAGUUGAAGGAGGUAUGUGUGCCAUGGAAUCCUUAGAGGACACAAAAGUCAGAAAGUUAGGCAAGAAAUUUGUUCUCUCUCCCCAACAAGACCAGAACAGCUACAAGGGGUGGAAAACCUCAGGCAUGUGGACCAUAUGUGGCUCUCCUGGGCUGUGUCUGGCCCUAAGCCAUGCUCCCUGCUCAAGCUGCACCUUUUCACUGACCCUUUUCUGUGUCCAUCAUAGUGCCUUUGCCCGGCUGGAAGGUGUCUGUCAACUGUGGAUAAUAUGCCUGUUUCUUGAGCAUGGAAGCCUCUGGGUGUGUACAUGUGAAAAAGCCUCUUCACUUUCAGGGCUCUGGGAUGUAACAUUUCCCCACCCAUUUUUGGCUUUGGCCCUGCCCACCGCUGGCAUGGGGACCAAGGAACGUUCCACAUGAGGGACUGUAAGCCCUUGGGCUCAAAGAGGCUCCCUACUAACAGGAAAUGCCCAGUGCCACAGAAAUCCGGCUUAAGUCCAGAGCCACCUCCUGACUGAACUAUAUUGCACCAGAGGUUAUUUUCUACCAAGAGUAGAUGAAGGUGUAAAUGUGGGAAAUUGCAGGUUCUGGGUAAGUAGGUUCCUUAAGCAUUUACAUUCACAGGUUGCUGAUAACAAGCAUGAACACAAGUGACGUAGCUUCUCAUUUGGUAUUUCCAGGCACACAAAGCCACGAUUAACUAUAGGAUGUGUAAAAAUCAUGUUAGCAUUCUGUGUUUCCUUAUUCCUAUAACAUAAGAAGAACCCUCCUGGAUCAGGCCAAAGGCCUAUCUCAUCCAGCAUCCUGUUCUCACAGGCCAACCAAUUCCCCAUGGGAAAUUCACAAGGUGGACCUAAGCGCAAUAGCACUCUGUUCUCCUGCAGGUUCCAACCACUGAACCAUAUGGCCCCUGCAGGUGGUGUUAGAACGUAACCAUUGUGGCUGGUAACCACCGAUAGCCUUGUUCUUUAUUCAUUUGUCUACGCUUCUUGAAAGCCCUCUUGUGGGAAUGAAUUCUUGUGGGAAUGAAUUCCAUAGUUUAAAUUUGCACUGUGUGAAGAAAUUUCUUUCUUUUGUCAUUAUUGAAUCUCUUUAACAUUCAUCCUCACUUUGAUUGACUGUAUCUGAACUUUUUCCAGUUCCACAGUAUCCUUUUUGAGGCAAGGGAACCAGAACUGUAUGCACUAUUUAUUGCCUUGUUCCUCAUGUGUUUUUGGAAUUUCUGCCGCUAUCAUUAUGCUCUUUUCAUUUUGCACCAGCCUGUCCGCAGGGUUUCAGUUGCUACCUUGAUAAACAGGGCCCAAAGCAAUCUAGUCCACAAGUAACCCUGUCACCUCCUCAGUUGGCAGAUCUACUGUUGACUCAGAAGGUUAUGGCCUGAACUAACAGGUUUACUGCAGUUGAGUCUUCUAAGGUUACUAGUUCUAGGAAACACUGACACCUUGUGACACUGAACUUAAUUACUUGCCUCAAUUUUGCUAGCUGUUAACUUCCAGACUGAGUGUUUACAGGAAAUGAGAUAAGAUAAUAAAUGUUGCAGUCCUAUAUAUAUCUAUUCAGUGGUACUUAGUCCUGGAUAAUUGUGUACAGGAUUGCAUCCUAAGUGCCUUGCUUGGUUCCCACUAAGGUCCAUGAAAGCCUUUGCAUUUUUUCUUUGUAUUAAUAUUUGCCGGCAUCAGUCUGUCUCAGAAAACAGUGGAAGAGUGUGCCUUUGUGGGUAAAGUCAAACCGCUGGAGAGUUACAGUGCCUGCUGUGGCUGCAGAGACAUGUUUUAUUGCAGGUGGGGCAGAUGAAGGUGUUUGCUUUUGCUGCUAUAGGUGCACCAUGGCAUUUCUUCUCUCUGCACUCCUCAUCACUGAACAUAUCAAGAAAUAAGCAUUUCAAAUCUUCCCCAAUUCUACUAUUUGAUAUUUAAGAAACCUUGGUGAUACCAUCCACAAACCAACAUAUGAAAACAUACGCAAGCUAACCACAAAAUUUAACUGCUGCACAGCAUGGUCACUAGUAGAAAACAAAGAGCAAUUUCCUUUCUGAAAUACAGUGGUACCUCGGGUGACAUACGCUUCUGGUUACAUAUGCUUCAGGUUACAGACUCCGCUAACCCAGCAAUAGUACCUCGGGUUAAGAACUUUGCUUCAGGAUGAGAACAGAAAUCGCGCGGUGGCGGCGCGGCAGCAGCAGGAGGCCCCAUUAGCUAAAGUGGUGCUUCAGGUUAAGAACAGUUUCAGGUUAAGAACGGACCUCCGGAACGAAUUAAGUACUUAACCUGAGGUACCACUGUACAGAGUUUUAAAUUUGCAUCCUGCAUAAGCUACAAAGAAGCUCAUUUCUUAUCUCAGCAGAAUUAUAUAUUCUAUGGUUGGGAAACUGUUUGGGUUUUUUAAAAAAGAAGAAGAUGCAAGGCUUUUGUAAACUGAAUUGGGCACAGGAAGUAAAACUCAAGAAGCUCCUCUCCCUCAGCCUUGUUUUUCCACUUCAGCACAGUUUAAACUGUUUAUUUUUGUUUAAAAAGAGUCCUUCAAAAGAAUACAGAACUACACUUCAUGACCUGAUAACAAACAAAAUAGACUCUUGUCUGCGUUAAGCUUUAUAAGGAACCAGUACUUCCUGCUUCUUAAACUUUGGUAUAGCAUCUGAUAUUAAUUAAGGCGUUUAAAACAGAGAAAAUACUGUUUGUUAUACAGAGUACUGUUUUCAUCUUAAUAAGUUACUGAACAUUUCAUUUGCACUGUUCAAACUUUUAUUCAGCCACAAGGACAUGCUGAAAUAUAUAGAUUCUGUUUGCCUGUUUGCAUUCCCUGAACGCUGAGCUGAACACGAUGUCCCUUCUCCAGGGGAAAACGGGUUUUCAUCAAGGAUUCAAGUUCAUUUUGUCCUUGAGUUCCAGCCAGAAUCUUGUGGUGAGCUGCCAGAGCUGUUCAGCGUGCUGCCUGUAUCAAACUGAUGGGUCCUGUUUUGCAUGUUAUUUCAUCUUCUUCUUAAAGGAUGGGACAGCUCCAUUGUGGAUAGCCUCUCAGAUGGGUCACAGUGAGGUAGUGCGAGUGAUGCUGCUCCGAGGAGCAGAACGAGAUGCUACAAGGAGUGUGAGUAGCUGCCUUUUGUUUUGGGGGCUUUAUAUUAGAAGAAAAGGAGUCAACAGUGCUCUGUGAUAUGGUGGACAGGGGUUGGGAGCCUGUAUGUUGUUGGAGUCCACCUCCCAUUUGCUUCAACCAGCAUGGCCAGUCAUCAGAAACUAUGGGAGCUGGUGUUGAGCAACCUAUGGAGGGCUACAUGUUCCCCACCCAUAUUCUAGAACAUCUCAUUGGUGUGCUGUGGCAGUCAACACUGCAGAAUAGGUUGGCUAGCAUCCCUCUCAAUUAUCUCUCAUUGCAAGGGGCAUCUUACAACAGAAGGAACAGCUUCUUCUGUUUCCAAGUUGGAGAUGUUUUACAAAACCAGAACACAGAAUCAUACUUAAGAAAAAAGCCAAUCCCUUUCCUCUUGGUAAUAAAAGUGUAAAUUAAACAGUUAACCUCUGUCUCUGAGUGGUCCCUGUCACUGUCUGCCACGUUAUUAAGAAAAAUUUGGUAGGUCAGUAGCGACAAAGAUGUAGUGCUCAGGUCCACUUGGUUAUUUGCUAUUUCUCAAUAGAUUACACAGCAUGGCCUUGGCAUUGAAGGCAAGUUUGAGGGCUGACGCAUUUUGGAGGCUCAGUUUAAGAUCAAGGAUAAUCUGUAUCUAAAGAACCUCUUAUCAAAUGUUGCAUGCCCAGUAGAGUUCUUUUUCUUGAGCACUAGCCUUCUGUGGUAACUGAUGGAUUUCAUAAGGGUCUGCUGUUCAAAAUAAAGUAAAGCCCACUGGACAUACAGUUCACUCAAAUGAGUAGAAUAUAAUAGAUUAGGAUUAUUCAUGUUUAGUAAACCACCAACUGCUACUUAAGAAGAAAAAUGUGACGGGCUUUCAAGACUCCCAGUCCUUUAUCAGUUCAAGGCUAACAGGGAAAACAGGUCCAAGCAUCUUUUCAUGUCCAGGUCUUGUGGUUAUCCCCAGGUUGCUCCAAGGAGAAUGGAAAGCUGCCACCAGCCUUCAUUAGCCAGAUGCCACUUUGUGUGGUCUUGUCAGGGAAAUGCUGCUUCAUCCAUUACGUAAACCCAGAUUUGCCACCAAGUAUACACGAAAUAGAGAGCUGUAGACAUCAUCCUCAUCACCAUUAUUAUUCACCAUCAGGUCCCGGGCGGAUUACAGUUUUAGAAUUAAAAACAGUUAAAACAAAUGACAAUCACAGGAAAAGGGUGGGAAAUGACUUCCUGGUUUAUGUAUCUGUGUGGUGCGUACAUUUGUGAAUUUCACAUUUUUAGGUAUGUCCUUAAAACCACUUAGUUGUACAUCUAUAAAUUCAAUGUGCGUGCUGUUCCUUUGGUCAUAGCAGCCAUUGUGGUGGGGGGAGAGCUGCAGACUGCCCUCCUGACACCUGCAUUGCUACAGCUUACCUGUACAGUACAGGAUAAAACAGCAAUGGCAAAACUGAGGCUGUGUAGAUGCACCAGGGGAAAUGCCAUAUUCGCCCCAGACUCAAUGCUGCCUUGUAACAAUGCUGGUGUCAACAGGGUGGCUGCCCAAAAGCAAGCAGAGCUGGUGCCAUAAAAAGAAGGAAACGGUAGUAGCAAUUCUCCCUUUCUCCUCUUCAACCUUACUUAAUAUUUAUUUUGCUGCUGCUUAAGCAGUGGCAAGGCCCUCCACCUCCCCGCUCCAAGGUCCUACCUUGAAUGAAGCAUUCUGGGCAUGCUGGAUGCGAGACUGUCCGUGGCACUGCUAUGGUUUGCUGCUGACGAAGCCCUAUUUAGAGGGAAAUUGUACAGUAAUUCUAAACCUUUUCCUAAUAAUUUUAGGUAGUAAACUGCAGCAGGGGCACGGGGAGUCUCAGCCAUCGCUCCUAGAAUGCUUUACUCCAAGGAAUGCUUUGCCCCUGAACCUUUAUUGAGAGAGGCAGGGAGCAAGGAGGGAGAGGGCUGCUGAUGGCAGCAAGCAUGUCAUGCUAUACCAGGAAAGGCAAGCCCAAGUUAACCAGCCUUACCACCUGAGCCAAUUGCUUCAGUUUGCUGAAUAGCAAUGCUAGCUCAGUUCAAUAGGACCUAUUCCUAGAUUAAGUGACUAUAGGAUCACAGUCUUAGGAAUGUUUCAAUGACAAUGUUUUUAAACAUCAAAGUCUGCAAAGCUAGGUUAUGUUUGUCAUAAAAGCACUGCUGCUCCAUGCAGUAAGGGCAUCAUGUACAGUAAGGGCACUCGAAGCCUGCUUAUGGGAGAAAUAACAUGCUCUAAAUGGGUUAUAAUGAAUGGGAGGACCCUUCCCUUAUGAAUUCUAUACAAGAACAAGUCUGAAACAGGACAAAUGGUCAUCUUCAAUUCAUGUUUCUUCUCUCUCCUCCUUUCUGUUGUAGGAUGGCACAACUGCUUUACUUAAAGCUGCGAACAAAGGAUAUAGUGAUGUUAUAGAGGAAUUGCUUAAAUUCUCUCCUACACUUGGUUUAUUGAAGGCAAGUACUGAGAAAAUAUUUGGGAUGCUCAGAACCAUAGUUCUCUUGGAUGCUGUGGGAGCUCUAAUUUCAGUGCGACUCUCACAGAAGAUUGCUCAGUUUGACUCAAAAUCCUAAGUUAUUUCAAAUAUUUUUCUAAUAUAGAGAUGUUAAUAUAAAUCAGAACAGGGUCCUGGGUCUUUUCCCUAUUACAUAUGCAGGCUUCCUCAAACUCGGCCCUCGAGAUGUUUUGAGACUACAAUUCCCAUCAUCCCUGACCACUGGUCCUGCUAGCUAGGGAUCAUGGGAGUUGUAGGCCAAAAGCAUCUGGAGGGCUGAGUUUGAGGAAGCCUGACAUAUGCCAUGUCUCAAACUCAGGUGGGUUAAAGUCUUUUUAUGCCCACCCAUCUGUUGGAAAUGGUUGGAAAAGGCUGCAUCACUGUUAAGAGACCUGAGAUUUAAAAGUUACGUAUUAUUAUUAUUAUUAUUAUUAGCAACAUCAUCUGCAUAUAGAUAUAUUUUAUGUUUUUGUAUAUACUAGAAUGGAACAUCAGCUCUCCAUGCAGCUGUUCUUGGGGGCAGCGCUAAAGCAGUAGCACUACUCAUAGAAGCGGGAGCAGAUCCACUCCUUAGGAACAAGGUAGUGUGCUUUUGUUUUAAGAUUGUCAGACCUUUGAAACUGUUAGGAAAGUCUCAAUCUUUGAAUGAAUCCCUUCGUAGAAAUUCUUAGUAAUUUUAGCCUGAAGUUUUACAUUAGGAACAAAAACAGAGAAUAAAUUCUUCAUAUUGUGUAUUUCCAUUAGAGGGCAGCACAACUCUUGGGGAAAAUUGUUUGCGUCAACCAUUUUCAUCCCACAAGGUAAUUCUGUUACCUGUUGCAGCAAAAUCAUCCAAGUUUCAACUGGCACCUUUAAAGACUAACAAAUCUGUUUGGGCAUAAGGUUUUCUGGACAUUUCUGUCAUUACAGAAUUGCACCACCGCCUCUUCUAAACUUACUGGAGCCUCCACAGUAUACUAGAAUACAAAUCUGUGUAGACCAAUAUAGUAUUUUUCCUCCUCAAGGGAAGCCCAAAGUCAAUUCAUUACAGAUCUAGAUGCUACUGAAGCCUGAAUGUAAAUUUGAGUGUCAGCUGAUCCUGCUCUCAUGAGUUCCAAAGACAGUAAUCAUGAUUUUAUUGGAAAUAAAUCUAUGUUUAAUAGUCAUUCAUCCCUGCAACAUAGCAUAUAGAGCAAGGAUGGGGAACAUGUGGCCCUCCAGAUGUUGCUGAACACCAGCUCUGACCAUUGCUCAGGCUGGCUGGGAUUGAUGGGAGUUGGAAUCCAACAAGGUGAGGAUGGCCACAGGUUCACCACAUCGUAGAACCUUUUUGACUCAUUUUCUUUCAACUUAAAAGCCAGAAAACGAAAGGCAAUAACUUGCACUCCUUGCAGUGUCUUGAUGUGCUCCUUGAAGCAGAAUUGCUGCCCUGCAGCAGCCCAGGGAAGUCACUAGAAUAUGAUGGGGUAGCUUGCUGAAGACCCCUUUGGAUCUGCCCUGGGGAUGGGAAGGACAGAGUCCUUCAAAUGGUAUUGGCCCUAGCCUCAGCCACCAUGGUCAGUGGUCAGGGAUGUAGUCGAGCAACAAUCAGAGGACCACGUUAGCCACCCUAAUCUAAGUAAUUCCUCACAAGCCAACUUUGAAUUAUAGUCCCUGUUAAACAAGCCUGCUGAAAGGCUCAGUAAUACAGCAUUGGUAUAUUUUCUGAUGAGAAGUGCAUGAGUCCACAGUUGAAUGUAGCUCAGUGCAGAAUGUGGAAUGCCAAUGCUCCUUUGGGUGAUGUUCCUUGAAGUCUGCUGCAUGAGAACCAGAUGGUGAAAGUCCUUUCUCCUGUUUCCAACCAACUUGUGUCUUGUUUCCAGAAAAACGAAUUGCCUUCAGAUCUAACGAAAAACGAGCGCAUCCUACGGCUUCUGCAGACCAGAGAAAAGCACCGAAAGAGCUAAUACAGCUUUGCGUCUCAAGAGAGAGCCAGUGAGCCCUGCCCAUAUUCGCCCUCAAGCAAAGCUAGUUAUCCUGCAGAACUGGAAAUGUUUUGCUGAGACUCAAGCAACAUGCCCUGACUCUUCCUCUGUGAACAAGGUCAGGGUUCUCCAUGGAGUGGCACUGCUAAGGUCCUAACACUACUGCACUCACCAGAUUUUUGUCUCUGGCUUCAGAUGCAGGGAAGACUGGGUCACUAAGUGGCUUUCCUGAAUAAAGUCUUUUUCUGUUCCAGAGAAAUAUUCCUUUGCUGUAGCAUUAUCUGUUCCUUGAUGUAAACCUCCUGAUCCUUAUCAAAAGUUGCACAGGUCUUUUUAGUUGUGCUCUGGCAAGUCCAGUUUGGUCUGAGCCCUUCUCAGGGUCUGCAGAUGGCACAGACGGGGGCACCAGCAGUUUGGUUUCUCAUAGUGCUUCAUGCCUCCUUUUAUAGCCCAUUGGUGUCAUGGUACCAAUUAGGCCAUUUGCUCGCUGGUGUCAUAAAGGUUUUUGAUAAAAAUGUGGCAUGUUCAGUUACUUGCAGCAGUACUCCCCUGCUAAGGCACACAUCACCUUUUAGAUUGUAGUUGUCAAGGUGCAGGGGGGCAGGGUUAUCGGGUGGGGUGUGCUGGGGGGGGGGUAAGGAAGAUGUUGGCAGGGAGGGAGCAAAGCCCAAAGUGGGUGCCACCCCCUUGGCUCUGUCUUCCUGUCCACCCAGUAGGCUGUCAGGAGAGGGACAGCUUCCUCUUGCUGAAUUGAACACCCAGAAGAGAGCUGCUGCGAUUAGGCUCAGAGUCACAUGCAGCUCUAGGGCUGCAGGCUGCCAGCCCCCAUCAUGUUGGGAUGAUAUAGCUGUUAGCAUUCUUUAAUACCAAGGCCCACUUCAUAAAUUAUAUUCUUACUACACACAUAAGUACCUAGUGGUAAUCUCUAGACAGAUUUCAUAUUGCCUACCUAAUGAUGCUUUCCAUUUAUUUAUUCAAGACCUAUCUUCCUAUAUAGAGAUUCUGUCUGUCUGUCUGUCUGUCUGUCUGUCUGUCUGUCAUCUAUCUAAUGCAUAUCUCAUGGAGCUUUGCAUCUGUUUGUAUAUUGCCCUUCAAAUUAUUUAUCCAAGUAUGGUUUACAAUGCGUAUUAAGUUUUCCUAAAUCUAAGAAAAGCAUAAUGCAUGGUUAAGCCCUUACUCAACUGGUUUGUCUACUACUGAAUCCCAGAAGGUUUUUGGAGCUACGUUGAGCAAGCACAAUAAUACGCUAGGAAGCCCAACCAUGCAGGAAAGGCUAGCAAACACAUGUUCUAUGCAAUUUAAAUCAAUUUUUGAAGAGAUUUGCCUUCAUUCUGGGAUGAGAUACUUAAAGCAGGCAAAACAAUAAAUUUUAUUUCACAUACUAAUUAUUUAAAAUUGAUGCAGGCGUUCAGGAUUUCUAUGAUUAACUGUUAGGGGGAGGGAAGUAUGCUACUAUAAUAUGGGAUAAGGGUCUGUGGCUGGGAUUCAACUAAGUUGUUGUGAACAAGCAAAACUCUCCUCCUCGCCCCCAAAUCUGCUCUGGAGGCUUGGGGAACCCCAGAGCAGGCUUGGGGGGCAUACAAGGAAGGAGAGAGGGCAAAGCCCCAUUGUUCGAGUGAAACUAGCAGUACAUUGAAGCCAAUCCUAUGUGUGCCUGUUAGUCCUUUGGAACAUCCCAAGAACAAAGUGAGUAGUGAAAGCCUAUUACUCUGUAAAAGAAUACAGUUAAGAUUAUAUUUGUUGAAUCAAACCAAGGGUCCAUCUAGCCCACAUAGUGUCCUUUUUCCAACACUGGCCAGCCAAAUUGUUCCUAGAAACACACUUGAUGGCAACUGUUGUCCCCCAUUGGUAUUCAGGGGCAUGCUAUCUCUGAACAUUGACAUUCUAGUUAGUUAACAAAAUUUACAGAGCACUUCUACAAAAAACAAACAAACCUCUAAGUGAGUCAGGACUGUGUAUACAUUACUGUUUACUCUGCAUCCCCAUUGCUGGUUUUUUAAAGCCGUGUACACACAUUAGCCACAAUUCAUAUCUAUCCCGAAGUUUAUUGAGAAAUCCUGCUGUUUAAUGUGUUUUCCUUGAACCAGCUUCCAUCCAAGCUGAAAACUUAAGGUACAGUCACUUCGCAGUUCAGCUGAGGUGUAUGCAGUUGAGAAAGCCAUUGUAUGUGUGCAGAUGAUUGCUUAAUGAAUAGGAGUUCUGAAGAGAUUGCUUCACUGUGUCCUCUCUGCCCAUUUGUGUGGAUAGACAGCGGGUGACUUAGGAACACAUCAAACUUGACUGGUGUGUACAACACCAAACAAAAGCAACUUGAAACGCAGCAGGGAAAACAAUCUUGCUGCAUUUUAAAACUGGUAUUGUGUACCUAGCCUACAUAAAAGUAUACACUAUUAUAAAGUUUAGCUGUUAAAGCUAUUAACCAUCAAUAGCUUUGUAGUGGACUGAUACAUUUCUCUAUCUGGGUCAGUUGAAAGAAAUACUAGAGACAGUCACCAAGCCUGUAACAUAUUUUAGGCACGAGAAUCUACCAUACAGGUGCUAGAAACAUGCACAGCAUAAAUAAAUCUUCUUUAGUAUUUAUCAGCUCCUGUGAAUUGGACUUCCUUCAGAAACCAGAGCAGCACAGAUAUCCUGCUGAACAGAUACAAACCAAUGGCAUAGGAGCCUUUACAUCAAUAAGUGGUGCUAAAAAAACCCUUAUGUCUGAUAAUUUGCAACAGCCUAUUUUUCUAGCAUAGUCAGGAUUGAUAACUCCAGGCGCAUUGAUAACUCCAGGUGCAAUAUGACUGAAACGUUACCCCAGCUGUCAAUAUAAAGAGACUCUGUUUAUUAUCUUUCCUUGUGAACUGCUAUGUUAAUAUGCCAGUUCUUGCUAGUUAUAACUAGGUGCCAACCAUUGAGGGUCUUUUGUGCUUCUCUAAUUUGUUAGAAGUCAUGCUACUCAGUUGCUUGUGUCAGAGUGGACAUAUUUUCAGGGCCAAGGGAAAUCAAAAUACCAUUUGCAAAGGCUGCAGGCUCAAAAUUCAGCUGCAAUAUUUCACUGUUACCUUGGUAAAUAAUAAUGUUUAAAAAACCCACUUUGCUGUUGCUCAACAGUAUUGAGUCAUUUUGACGUAUGCUGUAGACUUCAAGGAUCAUAGCUAUUGCAAAACAAAGAGUCUGAUCUAUAGGAGGAAGGGAAAGAAGUGGUGAAGCAAGGCUCUAAUGAAUUGCAAACACAGAGAAUGCACUUUUCUAAUAAUAUGCUGUUGAUGGUGGUUUUUAAAAAGUUUUGGAGCACUAUGCUUAGCACAAGAUAAAAGCAAGCUGCUUGUGUGUGUUACCAUUAAUACUGUGAUACAUAGGUUAAUGUUUUGGGGUUUUGUUUUGUUUUGUUUAUGUUUGUGUCUGGGUUAAUUCUCCUUUAAAAGCUGCUGAAUUAAAGCCUCUUGCUGUCCCAUUUACCUUUGGGAGUUUGGCAGGGGUAGUGAGGGUGCCAGGAUUGCUGAAAAUUUCAGAUUUUAUUUCCCCAGCCAGCAGAUAUGCCAAUGCUUAACACUGGUAUGGAAGGAAGAUUUGUCUACUGUUAUAUAAUGGUUUGAGAAGGCAACUUAUGCUGAGUACCAAAGUAUUUCUAUGACAUUAUUUCUGGUAUAUUAUUUGUUGCAUUUAUCCAUUGCUUUAUAUAGAAAAUGUCUCAAAGUGGCUUACACCACCAUAAAAUACAAAACAGCUAAAACAUAUUUAUGUCUGAUAUAGAAUGUUGCUUGGUUAAAAAGAACAACCCUGGUUAUAGUGUCAUGUUUUGAUAUAAGUGUAGCUAGUUAAGAUGGUGUUGUAGUCAGUCUUAUGGUAUACCUGUGAAGCCUUAAAUUAUAUUACAAAAUCUGGAGCUUCAUUCCUUUUGUGACAACCUUUAGCAUUAUUUUUUUGCAAUAUACAAAUGAUUCAUUUAAAACAUCUGGCCUAUAAUGCUUGAAUUAAAGGAAGAUAUAUCCAGGUGUUAAUUUUAUAGUUCUACAAUAAAUUUUGUGUAGUUCAACAUUACAUGAACUUGGAUUAAGCUGUGCUUACUACGUCAAAUAUCAUAAUCACAUUUCCUUCCAGUGACUUAAAGUGUAAAUUGAUUCCAGACUGGCCACUUCUUGUUCUCUCUACCCAGACACGUCUCUUUUCACUGUAAGCUAUGUGCAGAAUUGCAACUGACUUCUGUAGUUCUGGAGAUAAGAGGAUUGUAUUUGCGUACAUAUAUCCAGCUAUGCUCUAUGCACUCUAGUGGGCAUGACACAGCCAUGUUAGUAGAGGAAGGAAAAUACCAAUCAAAAAGUAAUGCUGUCAGAUUUUUUAUAAGAUUUGAGAAAAGAUAGAAGAAGCAUGCAUCAGGGAGGAAAGAGCAGCAAAAUUAUUUGAUGACGAUAUCAUGCAGCUCCCCUGUAAAAAGUGAGUUAACCAAGAGUGGCAAUUUCAGAGUAAAUACAUAGGGCAGGAUUCACCUAACAAUACUGGCCAGCAGAAGCCCUGGGCAAGGAUUCCCACUUGCUUUCCCCAUCCCCUGAAAUUGCCUUGGGGUGGAUGGGAUCAGGAGAACCCCCAGUGCAGUGCACAGGGGGGAAAGAGGGGGCAUUGUUCUGUCUGGCAAGCUGAAGUACUUGUGGAGACAGAACAUUUGCCCAAGUACAACGCUGAAUUCACCUCAAGUGUGGAAGCACCCACAGAAACAUCUCUCUGCCUUUAAACAUUGCCAAAGGAAAUGAGAGGAUACAGUGGUACCUCGGGUUACAGACGCUUCAGGUUACAGACUCCGCUAACCCAGAAAUAGUACCUCGGGUUAAGAACUUUGCUUCAGGAUGAGAACAGAAAUUGGGCGGUGGUGCUGCGGCGGCAGUGGGAGGCCCCAUUAGCUAAAGUGGUACCUCAGGUUAAGAACAGUUUUAGGUUAAGAACGGACCUUGAGGACGAAUUAAGUUCUUAACCCGAGGUACCACUAUACUGUCAAAAUGUUGCAGUGCUUGAACAGCAGUUGGACUUCGCUCAUGACAGUUUCACUAAAGAUGAUGUAGCUGUUUCUCUUAGCAAUACAUGAUAGUGUACAGAGAUAGGAACUUGCUCCAGAAUAUUUUCCCAUUUCAGUAUUAGUUUUCUCAUGCCUUUGCAUAGUGCGGUGUCUUUGCUAAAUUAUGUACAAUUCAGUUUCUUUCCUCAGAUUACUUUCCCAUGUAAUCAUUAAAAUUAAAAUAAUGC